AUGAUGAAACUACUACCACUACUACUGCUAACCAUCUCCUUACCAUGGACGACGCAAGCCUUUGCUCCCAUGAAGGGCGUCUCGGUUACGUCGGUGGCGACCGGCGAAGCAAUCGAUUUGGGCGAAUACAUGGGACAAGGAGAUGCUCGAACCAUGGUGGUUUUUGGGACCUACGCUGCCGAUUUUAAUGCCAUUGAAUAUGCGCAACGAUUGCGCUAUUAUCUCCCCAAACUGAACGAAAAAUGCGGCAUUUCCAACUUUGCCCUCAUUCUCAACGCCAAUGCCGAUGCUGCCAAGGCCAUGACGGAACAAGUGGAUUUGCCCACCGAUGCUUCAUCAGCAUCUGGAGAUGACGUAUCCGUCACUCUGCUGGUGGAUAAACUGGGCAACGCCGGUCGAAAAUUUGGAGUCGGCCAAGGAUGGUUGCCCGAUAAUGAAGAUGUCAAUCCCUAUCUCAAAUUGUUUGGCAUGUUGUGGGGGCUCGGUGCCUGGGCCACGUUGCCCGCGGUCAUUGGAGGAUACAUUGGCAAUCCCUUUGAGGGACAACCCUGGAUUGAAGAUGCAUUGGCCGUGGGACAGAAAAAGGGACGAUGGCCCGACAAUGCGCUCGAGAUUAGUAGUGGAGGCACCGUUGUCAACAAAUUCAGCGAGUUGCCUUUGGUGGGAGAAUGGCCACGACGGCCCCUCGAAUUGGCAACCUUGCGAUUGCAGAGUAUGAUGGGAAUUUCCAUAUCCAAAUGGAAGGAAUUAGCACCUGAUGAAGAAGCAUUAGACGCCGGUGUGUUGACACAGUUGGGAGGAUGCUUGGUCGUAGAUUCGAAAACAGGAGAAACACUCUAUGAAUGGAAGGAUCCUGGAAUUUGUGCAGUCACAAACUUUGAAGAAGUACUGAAAAAGCUAAGCUGA